AUGUACGCCUUCUACUCGCUGCUUAUCUACAUCUUCUACAGCCUCUUCCGCAGGGAUGGUGGGGCGGCCACGGGGGACCCGGGCCAGGCAGCGGAUGGCGAGUGCGCGGGUCGCCGUCGCCCCAGCCAGCUGGCGCCGGAGCUCUGGGCCGAGCUGAGCGGCCUGGCCGGCUGCCCAGAAGCCGAAGAUGAGCCCGAGGCUGGGGCCGAGCGCCCCCAAGCCACAGUGUCCCUGGAGGAGGCCCUCACGCGGCUGGCCGAAUUCCUGGCGGCACAGCUGGGGCCGGAGGACAGCUGCGGGGCAGCCUCGGACCCGGGCCAGCCCGGCGAGAUGCCUGCGCUGUGGACAGUGACCAGUCAGCUCCUGGCCCUCCUGACUUGGAUUCGGAGUCCCAGGGGAAGGCAGGCCUUGCUGCAGGCGCCACAGGCAGCCCCCCCUCCGGAUGGGUCCCUGCCCGCACAGGAAGGCCCCUCUCACCUUGCCCCGGGGCCAGGGGAGGUGACCAGAGGUGAGGCCGAAUUGGAUGAAGACCAACGGGCUUGGCAGCACCUGGAGCACUUCCUACUCGGGCAGGCAGCGACAGACUCUGAGAAAAGGGUGCAGCACCUCACUGUGGAGAACGAGGCCCUGAAACGUUGCCUGAGCCUGGCUCGGGAAUUACUCCUGCACUGGGGUGCCAGUCCCCCAGCCCGAGCCCCCCAGGAGGCGGCACAGGCUCUGGGGGAGCUGCAGGGGCGGCUGCAGGAGGCCCAGGACACCACAGAAGCCCUCCGUGUUCAGCUGCAGCAGGAGACGGAGCAGAACUGCAGGCGGGAGCUGCGGCUGGUGCAGGAGCAGCUCGCAGGACUGCGGGCACGCAUGGCCGGUCUGCGCCAGGGCUGCGGGGACCUCAGAGGACUGGUCAGCACCUUCGCCCAGAGCUGCCAGGGUUCCCUGAGCGAGGCCCGUGGCCAGGUGACCUGGGCCCUGGGUGCGCUGUCAGCCACAGAAGCUGGAGCUCAGCUCCCUGAGGGGCAGCCAGGGCCCCCUGCCGGAUGCCCAGGGCGACUGCUGGAGCUCAGGGGGAAUAUCCGGCUGCUGUGUCGACUGAGGCCGGGGGCGCCAUCCCACCUGGUGAGCGUGGAGCCUGGCCGCAGGGGCACCGUCACCACCUGCUACAGAGGUCGCCAGCGCUGCUUCCGUCUGGACUGGGUCUUUGCUCCUGAUGCCAGCCAGGAGGAGGUCUUCAGGGAGCUAGAACCAGCAGUCCUGUCUUGUCUUCAUGGCUACAGCGUCUGCAUCUUCACCUACGGCCAGACGGGAACUGGGAAGACCUAUAGCAUGGAGGGCCCACCUGAGGACCCUGGCAUAGCUCCCAGGGCACUGCAGUCGCUGUUCCAGGAGAUGGGAGCUGGAGGGCAGCAGCGUGUGACCCUCAGCAUGGUGGAGAUCUACAAUGAAGCGGUCAGGGACCUGCUGGCCCCUGGGCCCCCAGAGCGCCUGGCAGUGCGGCAGGGCCCAGCUGGCCAGGGAGGGGUGCAGGUGGCCGGCCUCACCCGGUGGGACGUGCCCAACCUGGAGACACUGCACCAGAUGCUCAGCCUUGGGAGGAGCAACCGGGCCACAGCCGCCACCGCCAUGAACCAGCACAGCUCCCGCUCCCAUGCCCUGGUGACGCUGACCCUGUCUCCGCCGUGCGCCCCCGGCACUGCAGGCACGUUGCACCUGGUGGACCUGGCAGGCUCGGAGCGCGCCUGGAAGACGGGAGCAGCGGCGGGAGCUCAGCGGGGAGACCCAGAAGGUGCCCGCAGGUUGCGGGAGGCACAGACCAUCAACCGCUCACUGCUGGCACUAGGCGGCGUGAUGGCCGCACUGCGGGCCCGCAGGCCGCACGUGCCCUUCCGGGACUCGCAGCUCACUCGCCUGCUGCAACCGGCACUGGGUCCCGGCACCACGGCGGUGCUGUUGCUGCAGAUCUCCACGCGGCCAGAGGACCUCGGGGAGACGGUGUGCUCACUCAAGUUCGCAGAGAGAGUGGGCCAGGUGGAGCUGGGUCCGGCCCGGCGCCGCAGGACACCACGUCCCGGGACACCCUCGUCGCUCAGCACGGACACUGCACUCACCCCCACACCGCCUGCAGGCAGCCCUCCCAGCCCCAGCUCGGCCCUGACACCAGGAGAGGGUGGCAGCCUCGCCUGAGUGUCUGAGGGUACACCUCUGCUGGCAGAGUCACCCCACCCAAACUCGGAGGGCACAACCUUUGACCUGGGGGCCGGGGCCCUGCCCCCAGCUAGUGUCAUGGAUGGGGAGGGGGCAGCCAGGAGGCCACAGGCGACAGGCUCCCUCCUUAUCACCAUUUGUCCUUAUCACAGCCCAGCAGGGGCUGGCAGAACCCCAGGGGCCAGGCCCCAGUGCUGGCCCAGCAGCUGCCCAAGUCACCACCCCGCCCCCAAAGUCAGGCUUGCCGCUUGCUCUCAUGUUGUAAAAUUCCUUUACUGCCCCUCCCUGCUAGGUGGGAUCCAGAACUCACCCCUCCCCCUUUUCCCAAAAAGGUGCUGACCCAAGGGCCGGUGGGACCCACUCCAUAGCCAGUGAGGAGAGCUGUGAUAGUGCACUCCUGGGGCUGAGGGCCACUGGCCCUGCCCUCCUGGGCUGGUCCUGGGCGGGGUAGGACAGCCAGGGUGCG